AUGAAUAAAGAUUUAACCGCUGUUAUACCAUUAGAAUCCAACCCUGAAGUCUUUGAUAGAUUUGCUUAUAAUUUGGGUUUGAGUACCUCUUAUAAUUUUAAUGAUAUCUUUUCCAUUGAUGACGCUGAACUAUUAGCAUUUUUACCAAGACCAGUAAUUGCAAUUGUUCUAUUAUUCCCUAUUCAAAAAAAUGAAUCUUUAUCACCAAAUUAUCACUCCAGUAAUUUGAUUUCGAAGGAUGAACAACCUAUUUGGUUGAAACAAAAUUUUCAAAAUGCUUGUGGACUCUAUGCUUUAUUACAUAUUUUGAUUAAUAAUAAAAGAAAAUUACGUAAGGGAUCACCAUUAGAUGAAUUUCUGAAUAAUAACAAAGAAAUUAUCUGUUCUAAUAUUGACCAAUUUAUUAUUAACUUUAUACAAAAGCAUAAUCAAGAUUUUAAUGAAUCUUCAGGUGAAACAACUAAUCCUGGCCCAGAAACAAAUAUCAACUUGCAUUUUAUUAGUUUUAUUUCAUAUGAUGGAAAAUUAUGGGAGUUAGACGGAAGAUCUGUUAAAGAAGAACCAUUGUUAUUGGGAAACGUUAAUAAAAUGAACCAAAUUGAUUUGGAAAACGUUGAUUUAAUUAAUCAGCCUAUUAUUAUCAAGAGAAUUAAAAAAUAUAUGAAUAAUGUUGAUUCUGAAUCGGAUAAGUUAAAAUUUUCUUUGAUGGGUCUUUCAAAGCAAUAA